AGUUCCGAAAACAUCCCAAAAAUUCAAAUGUAAUCCUUCAUUCAUUUACCGACAUCAUAUUGUAUCUUGAUAAGUACAUGAGAAGUGAUUAAUUUUUGCAGUGUACAUUGUUAAAAUGAGUUCAGGACGUUCGCAAAUGCCAGAUUCUUCAUCGUCUCCGCCAAUAAGUCUGCAGUAUGGAGGAUAUGGGGGUGGCGAUUUGUCAGAAGAUGAAGUAUCUGAUUUACCUAGCUGCGCUUUCGCUACCCGGGCAGCUUCAAGCAACAGCAUUCAACACCAUUAUUUGACGUCCCUUCACCAUGGAAAUGAUAACGCCCAGUGCGCAGCCAGUUCGCUAUCGGCUUCCGAAUAUUAUGGAGGCUCACCAUACAGGAUACAGCGGCAUGCUGCGAAUAUCCGAGAACGGAAAAGGAUGCUGAGGUCUGCUAUUGGACCCACCGGCAGUAUAAACUCUGCUUUUGACGAGCUUCGAAUGCACGUACCGACUUUUCCAUACGAAAAACGACUCAGCAAGAUUGAUACUCUGCGUCUGGCCAUUGCCUACAUAGCUCUACUGAGAGAAGUGCUUACAGCUGACUGUGAUCCGUUAACAUACGUCGAGCGUUGUCUUAGAGGUGAUAUCAAGGCCGAUAGAGCUCAUUGGAAUACAAGUGACUUGACCGCAAGACUCUCAUGGAUUAACUGGGAAAAUUUGGGAGUAAAUCCGGGGAGGCGCAGUAAUGUUUCUUCCCUGAGUAUUUCUUCGGAAAACAUGAGUCAUUGACUAUAGAAUAGAUGUAACUUUAAGAUGCAUUGUUUGUGCAAUAUUAUUAUUAGCAUUAAACUGCGUAU